AUGUCGUUCGGCGGCCAGACACCGACUAUUGUCGUGCUGCGGGAGGGUACCGACCAGUCUCAGGGUCGGGGACAAGUCAUAUCAAACAUCAACGCCUGUCUUGCGGUACAGUCAACUAUCAAAGGAACUCUCGGCCCGUAUGGCGGUGAUCUUCUUAUGGUCGACGAGAGCGGAAGGCAGACGAUCACAAACGAUGGAGCAACUGUGAUGAAGCUCCUCGACAUCGUUCACCCCGCCGCCCGCAUCCUCACCGAUAUCGCACGAUCGCAAGACGCCGAAGUGGGCGAUGGAACCACCUCCGUCGUUGUCUUAGCAGGAGAGAUAUUGAAGGAGAUCAAGGAAUUUGUAGAGCAGGGUGUCAGCAGCCAGACUAUCAUCAAGGGCCUGCGGAGAGCUUCGCAUCUUGCCGUCAACAAGAUCAUGGACAUCGCCGUGGACACAGCAGAGGGAAAUCAGCGGGAUACGCUCCAGAAGCUUGCCGCGACUGCCAUGAGCAGCAAGCUGAUUUCCAGGAACUCCGACUUCUUCACCAAGAUGGUGGUAGACGCCGUUCUCUCGCUGGAUCAGGAUGAGCUAAACGAGAGGCUCAUUGGUGUGAAGAAGAUCACCGGUGGUGCAUUACAAGACUCGCUCUUUGUCAACGGUGUUGCAUUCAAGAAGACGUUUUCCUACGCCGGCUUCGAACAACAGCCGAAAUCAUUCAAACAGCCGAAGAUUGUGUGCCUAAAUGUCGAACUCGAGCUUAAGAGCGAAAAGGACAACGCGGAAGUACGAGUAGAGCAGGUUUCAGAAUACCAGGCGAUCGUGGAUGCGGAAUGGCAGAUCAUUUACAACAAGAUGGAGGCGCUGUACAAAACGGGCGCAAAGGUCGUCUUAAGCAAGCUCCCCAUUGGCGAUCUCGCAACACAGUACUUCGCCGACCGAGACAUCUUCUGCGCUGGACGAGUAGCAGCAGACGACCUCGACCGUGUGUGCAGAGCAACAGGCGCUAGCCUCCAGUCCACCUGCUCCGAUAUCCAGUCCAAACAUCUCGGAAGUUGCGAGUCUUUCGACGAGCGACAAAUUGGCGGCGAGCGGUUCAACUUCUUUGAGGGUUGCCCAGAGGCAAGGACCUGUACUCUGGUUCUCCGUGGUGGCGCAGAGCAGUUCAUCGCUGAGGUUGAGCGCAGCUUACACGACGCUAUCAUGAUCGUCAAGCGCGCGAUCAAGAACAACAAUAUCGUUGCUGGAGGUGGUGCCGUCGAGAUGGAGAUCUCAUCCUACCUCCACAACUACGCCGAUGAGAACAUCCCGCAUAAACAGCAACCCAUCAUCAAGGCGUUCGCAAAGGCUUUGGAGGUCAUCCCAAGGCAACUCUGUGACAACGCUGGUGUCGAUGCAACGGACAUCCUCAACCGGCUGCGUGUGGAGCACAAGAAGGGUAACAUCUGGGCGGGCGUGGACUUCACGACGGAGAGCAUUGCGAACAACAUGGAGAAGUUUGUUUGGGAACCCAGCCUAGUCAAGGUUAACGCUCUGCAGGCGGCGACAGAGGCUGCUUGCUUGAUCUUGAGCGUUGACGAGACCAUAAAGAACCAGGAGUCACAGCAACCGCAAGCCCCGAACAGGCCGCUACCACCAGGUGCCGCCCAACGGGCGAUGGGAGGUCGGGGACGCGGUAGGGGUAUGCCUAGGCGGUAA